CGUCAAAAUCACGAAGCUAGAAAGGAUUUCCUACUUACGAAAAUAAGUCAAGCAAAGAAGGUAACUUCAGCUAUGGAUAACAAAUCGAAAAUCAUAGAGACAGCAAGACAAAAACACAAAUGUAUGAUAGAAGACGAUACAAAAAUAGUAUCUGAUGCUACAGAUGAGGAAAAUCUUGAUCCUAAUGUUAUGCGAAAAGAUUUUUCAACGGAAGUUCAGGAGAAGAAAAAAGUGUUAUCUGCAGAUAAUAACGUAUCUCAAAAGACAAGUGCAAGAUCAAUAAAUAUAGAGACACCUAGUAUAUCAAAGGAUAAUUCUAUUUAUGGAUUGGAUACGUCUGGUGAAAAAUCACCAUCUUCAAUAUGUAAAGCAUAUUCUCCAUCAGAAUUACGUCAAAUGAGUCCAGUUACUUCUCAUAUAACAGCACUUACUUCUUCUCCUUCUACACCCCGUUCAUCUCGUCAAUCAGGUAGUGUAUUAGGUGUGUCUGGAGCGACCUAUGAUAAGAAAGCUUUUAAAGAAAAGAUAUCAAGAGACCGUGACUCAUCUUUUACGCGAUAUGUGUCCAACCAAGAAAUUAGUAGCAAAUUAGAUAUGCUUAUUACGAACGUAUGCAGAUUAAAUCGCUUUCUUCUUCCACAUGAAAAAAAAAUAGUAAGGCCAGCACAUUUUCCAGCACUUCCAUUGACAACAAAGGAAGAAUUAAAAAAAUUUUAAAAAUAUUUAUCAAAAGAUGAUAAUGCAGGAGCAACUAUAUGUUACGUAAGUCAAAUUAUUGGUCCUAAAGACAAUGUUAAGGAAGCUGUAUAUAAAGUGCUGAAAAAACUUAUUUCGAACACAUUGGCAGCACAGUUUACUUUGAAAGCUGGUAAAAAUGUAUCCAAAAAAUGUUUUGAAAAGCUGGCGCUGUAUGAAGUUGUU